CCGUCAUUCGACAGGUGCAGUAUAGUUUUGCACGUUAAUCUCGAUCUUAUUUGCAACAUGAAACUCAUCGUGGGAACUGUUUGUCUGUGUCUUGUUCACCUGGGCAGAGCUGCCCUUUGGAGUGCUCCAUUAAAUGCCGAUCAAGAUCACGACAGUUUGGAUUGGCGGCCAAUUAUUGGACGUUCUUCUAGACGGAUAAACGACACACAGUUUAACGUAUUCAGUGCUGACGUUAAACAAAACACAUCUUUAACUUCGUUCUUUCAUACGGAUCAAAUUGAAGAUAGACAAUUCAGCAAGACAUUUUGUAAUGCUACAGCACCACCGAAAUGCGUCGACAAAACGUUUGGCUUCUGUUUAAGUGAUUAUCAUUACCCAGAAGAUGAAAUCAAAGUGGCUAUGGAAUUUUCUGAAUUAGCCGAUAAGUUUACUUAUAAACUGACUGAUAUUUCAGUUGACACAGAGCUGGAAUACGAACGUAAAAAGAGCAGCUGUCCAUCCAUCAGCCUUUUGGUGAAACCUCUGCGUUUACGUAACGCCAAUGGGCAUUGGCGAGUGAUUGUUCAAGAAGUCAGUGACAUUUUUCAACGAGAAAGGGUUGUCCUUUGUACCAAUCCAGGUGAACAGUGUACAAUUCCGGAAUAUUUUGGCCACGUCUAUUGUUACAGCAGCCGUUGCAGCCAGCAGUAUCUUGUUCGAGAACUUUUAGCUUUUGAUCCUUGUAAUCCGAAGCUUGGUGUCUUUGUUGAUUCUUUCAAAUUACAAUCGGCCUGUAGUUGUCGUUUUUCACGAACGGCUUGUUAGCAAAUC